AUGUUUUUUGUUCUCGAGGCUGAUUCUGCGCAUAUUCUCGAAGGAAGCAGCAGCGUUAUAAGUAAUGUGUUUCUAUGUCUCCCUAUUCGAGGCCACAGUGGACCAUUGUUGGCAGUCUAUAUGGCCAAAGCUGAGUGCAGUUGCGUCCUCAGUAGUCCAGGCUUAACACUGGUGACCCUUCCCUGUGCGAGAACAGUAACAUUAGUAACAUUAGUCAAGAAGUCAGAUCAGUGGGUGUUUAGGAUUGCACGAAGGCAGCGCUGGUGGAAGCGUUCGAGGAGUCGUAUUGGUGGCGGCAGACGACCGAUGAUUCAGAUUUUUCCGAAAACGCUGUAUGUCUUUGCUGACAAGUCGUCAAUCCUGGUGUCGGAAGAUAUGAUACUGCCACGGCCUUGGACAGUACAGCGAAGGAUGUAG